AUGUAUGAAUCAAAUAUUGCCACAAAUUUUGAAAAAUGUACUUUCAGGUUUAGCAAAUUUGGCUACCUCCAAAAUAUCAGGCAAUUAUAUAUUAAGACAUCAAUACUUCGCCUUGAUGAAAAUUUUCUGUUAUUGAAGUUGACUGAUCUUGAAAUAGAAUACACGAAAAUCCUAACCCUCCCAAAUGGCGAGGCUUUCAACAGUGAGCAGUUCCCAUCUUUGGAAAAAUUGAAAUUAGUACCCACCAAGGUUUCCGAUGAAAUUCCCUUGAUUAUUGAUUUAAAAACAUUGAAGAUGAAGGAAUGCUCAUACAAUAAUGGUCAUAGCAAUAUCAGAAUUAUUCAUCCGGAGCUGAUAUCGUCUUUCAAGGGCACAUGUUGA